AUGGACUUCUAUUGUUUGCUCCAACAGUUUAUUAAGCACUUCGCUGACAAAAUGGUGAAGGUAAGGUGCUGCAAGGAUUGUAGAGAAGAGACUUGGACCAUUUCUUUUCAGUGUGUGAGCCAGCCUCAUGCUAUUGGGUCACAUGAUACGCAAUGGAAGCACUUGCUUACUAUUGUUUGUUCAGAGGGGCCUGACAAUUUCAGGGCAAAAGUUUAACCAGGUGUCCAGAAAAAUCUUGUUUUGUGAAAGGCGGAGUUCCCAACAAGUAUCUCCUCUUGGCUGUCAAAUGAGGGGUACUUGCUCUGUGAGGCAGUAGAGGUCUAGUGCUCCCAAGUGUAUAAACAACUACCUGACUUUUAGAAGACAUCUGAAGGCAGCCCUGCUUAGGGAAGCUUUUAAUGUUUGAUGUUUUAUCAUGUUUUUUCAUAUAUUCUGUUGGGAGCCACCCAGAGGGGCUGGGGAAACCCAACCAGAUGGGCAGGGUAUAAAUAAUAAAUUGUUAAUGCUAAUAGUAAUAAUAAUAAUAAUCUAUUUUAUUUGCGGCCACAGAUACCGGCAGCAGCACCCUCGGCUAUGGAAUCCUCAUCCUCAUGAAGUACCCCCAGGUAGCAGGUGAGGUAAAUGGUAAAGUCGUUCUGUUGCUCACAUUUUAUUAUUUAUACAUUUACUGCAUUUCUAGGCCCACUUUAUCUUCCAAGGAGCUCAAGGUUCUGCUCCUCCCCAUUUCAUCCUCACAGCAACCCUGUGAGUCAGGGGUCAGCAACCUUUUUCAGCAGGGGGCCGGUCCACAGUCCCUCAGAUCAUGUGGUGGGCCAGACUAUGUUUUGAAGGGGGGGGGAAUGAACGAAUUCCUAUGCCCCACAAAUAACCCAGAGAUGCAUUUUAAAUAAAAGUACACAUUUUACUCAUGUAAAAACACCAGGCAGGCCCCACAAAUAACCCAGAGAUGCAUUUUAAAUAAAAGGACACACACUACUCAUGUAAAAACACGCUGAUUCCCGGACUGUCUGCGGGCCAGAUUGAGAAGGUGAUUGCAGCCUAACUGGCCACGUGAGUACUUUUUCCUGUUCUUUUUCAAUGCACGUUAUAGGGGGGGUGUUCUGAAUGCAGGCUAUUUAUUCCACAUUUUUCAUCCCACUGUUUGGCUCCUAAGAAGUCCUCAAGGCAGCUUGAAGUAAGAAAACACCACCCUAGAAUAAUGUGGACAAUGGGAUGGUCUGCAGGGGUUUGCCACGCCAUCCACCUCUUUGCCAACCAGAUCAGGAUGCGGAAUGGUCUGGCUGCAACUAUCGGCACCUGAGAAUGUCACCCGCAGAUGCCACUCAUUUGCUCACAGGACCCACAGCUGCAGCUCAUCUGCGAGUGGGAGAUACCCAAAGAUAAUGCCAUUCUCCCAUGCUAGCAUGUGGAUUUGGUUCCCUCUGGUGCCCAAAGACAGGAAAUGCUGGUCUUUGCCAGCCUGCUCACAUUCCCUCCCCUUUUUGAUCAGAAGAGAACCGUGGUAUGUCCCCCACCCCCCAAUUCGUCUCCUCAGGCUUGUCUCAGUUUCCCUUUGUGGAUAGUCUGGACUGAGCCAGCAUCUGACUGUGUUAUUGUAUAAGUUUCUCAUUUCGGUUUUUAUCCUAGUUUCAGCACGGGGCUCCUCUAGACACAAGUGGAAAGGGGGCAUGGAUAUAACGUUUUCACCUUUGGAAGUGAGAAGGGACAAUUUGUGGUCAUGGUUCCUCUUGUUUCCUGCUUUCAGGAUGAAGCCCUGGUUCGUGCAGCGGCAGUUAGACACCUGGGGCUGCUGCGGGGCAGGGCUGGGCAGCGGUGGUGUCCCUGCUUGCCGGAGGAAGGCAUUGCGGAAGUGGUGAAUGUGAUCAUUCACCUGGAGAACACAGAAGAGGUGGCAGAGGUGAGGGCCUGCAUGGAUUGUUCUCUGGAACCUCAUGGACAUGUCCACUUUUGAGGCCACUAACCUCUCCAGCUUCCUCCCCUUCUCUUGACUCCCUCCCUCUCCCUAUCUAUGACUUGGGGCUUCAUUCUUUUGGGAUUAUCACCCCGCUUCUCUUCUUGCAUUGCAGGCAGCAAAGGCUGUUCUGAAGCUGCUGGUCCCCAAAGUCAUCUGGUGGGCAGAACCGAAUGUGUUCCACCUGCACCAUGCGCUGCAUAAGGCAGCUAAAUAUUUGGUAAGGUCACCUUCAUUCUUGGGAUGCUUCUAACUGCUUUGUGAGCUGGUGUAAAGAGACCAGGGCAGCUUUGUGCAGGGUUGUCCCGUUUUAUCUUUCCAACCGCCCAGUCAGGUUGGUAAUGGGAGCAGCUGUGCCAGGAGCCUCUAGAGAAGCUCCUAGCCAUGUGGCGAAUUGGGCCCAAGUCUCCCUCAUCCAGCUCCUGUGCUCUUAGUCUGUGCAUUAAAUCACAUGGGAUGUCUUUGGCAUUUAAGGUGGGUAUAGGAUAUUACGGAAUUAGGAUUGCCGGAAGAAAUAUCAACAACCUCAGAUAUGCAGAUGACACAACCUUGAUGGCAGAAAGUGAGGAGGAAUUAAAGGACCUUUUAAUGAGGGUGAAAAAGGAGAGCACAAAAUAUGGUCUGAAGCUCAACAUCGGAAAAAACCGAAGAUCGUGGCAACUGGGCCCAUCACCUCCUGGCAAAUAGAAGGGAAAGAAAUGGAGGCUGUGAGAGAUUUUACUUUCUUGGGCUCCAUGAUCACUACAGAUGGUGACAGCAGUCACGAAAUUAAAAGACGCCUGCUUCUUGAGAGAAAAGCAAUGACAAACCUAGACAGCGUCUUAAAAAGCAGAGACAUCACCUUGCCAACAAAGGUCCGUAUAGUUAAAGCUAUGGUUUUCCCAGUAGUGAUGUAUGGAAAUGAGAGCUGGACCGUAAAGAAGGCUGAUCGCCGAAGAAUUGAUGCUUUUGAAUUAUGGCGUAAGAGGAGACUCUUGAGAGUCCCAUGGACUAGAAGACGAUCAAACCUCUCCAUUCUGAAGGAAAUCAGCCCUGAGUGCUCACUGGAAGGACAGAUCAUGAAGCUGAGGCUCCAGUACUUUGGCCACCUCAUGAGAAGAGAAGACUCCCUGGAAAAGACCCUGAUGUUCGGAAAGAUGGAGGGCACAAGGAGAAGGGGACGACAGAGGACAAGAUGGUUGGACAGUGUUCUCGAAGCUACCAGCAUGAGUUUGACCAAACUGCGGGAGGCAGUGGAGGACAGGAGUGCCUGGCGUGCUCUGGUCCAUGUGGUCAUGAAGAGUCGGAAACGACUAAACAACAAUAGGAUAUUCUGCUAUGUGCACAAACCUGCCAUUUCUCCAUUUUCUUUUCUGAUAGAUCAAGACGUACAGCAAGGACAUCGUCCGGGGUGCUGCCAUGAGCUUAUUGCAGCCUGCUGCCAACAAACAGGUAUGUGUCCCGAGUGGCAGCACUGCUUGUUGGUAAGUAAAGCAACAUCCAUCCCUGGUAGGGAUGGAUGGACUCAGCUCUUGAAUGAUGGAAAUUACAAGCCAGGCAUGUGACUAGGCAGGGGCCCAGGCACCUCCUGAAUCUUUUUUCUGAGUGCCCCAUGGAGUGUCUCAGGAUGGUAAUGAAUUUCAGGAAACUGGAUUGGUAUGCAGUGCCACUAUGAAUUCCUGCCCCGCACAUCAUGGCACUUGUAAGCCACUCCUAGAGUACCUGUUCUCCUCCCCACCCUCCCUUUGAUUCCAUUGGCCUUUCAGAGUGUGACCUCGCUUUUCCCCACUGUCCCUCUAGGACACCUGGCUCACAGCACGGCCAUGUUCAUUAUGGAAGAGGAUGUCUUCCUACUGUUCCUGUAAGUGA